CAAACCAUCUUCUUCUUCUCUAAUCGCAUCGCAAUCGCAAUCGCAAACCCUAAAAUGGCUCGAACCAAGCAAACCGCAAGAAAAUCCACCGGCGGCAAGGCCCCAAGGAAGCAACUGGCAACGAAGGCCGCAAGAAAGUCUGCUCCGGCUACCGGAGGUGUCAAGAAGCCGCACAGAUUCCGUCCAGGGACUGUUGCUCUACGUGAGAUCCGAAAGUAUCAGAAGAGUACCGAACUUCUGAUAAGAAAACUUCCAUUCCAGAGGUUAGUUCGUGAGAUCGCUCAAGAUUUCAAGACAGAUCUUCGUUUUCAAAGCUCAGCGGUCGCGGCUCUUCAAGAAGCAGCCGAAGCUUAUCUUGUUGGACUCUUUGAAGAUACAAAUCUCUGCGCUAUUCAUGCCAAGCGAGUUACCAUCAUGCCCAAGGAUAUUCAACUUGCUCGUAGGAUUCGUGGCGAGAGAGCUUAGAAUUUCAGUUUGGAUUUUGAUUAAUCUGUUUGUGAUGUAAAUUUCAUUUUCAAUCGAAUCGAAUGUACUCUGUUUUCUCAUUGUUAGCUUAAUUGAUGAAUCGAAUUCUGAUCA